AUCACGAACGCUUAGACAGAGGAGCGCAAACCCCCUCCCAAGAGCUAUGGCCGGGCUACAAACACGCCACUUUCUCAAAGCCUUCAUCUUGUUUUCUUUGCUCUUCUUUUACAACUGCUCUGCAAAGCUGAACGUUUUCCUGGAGGCAAAAGAGGUAUCGCGUUUUCUUUAUGAUUUAAAAACGAACUUGUACCUCGUCCAAGAUGGUGUUGUGGCCCCCAUACUGAAGACACCGAUAUUGUCCAGCAUGAUUCCUCCAAUUGACCACAAAAUCAAAGACCUCAAAUUUCGGUUCAAUGGCACUGGAAAGGUUCAGUAUUCUUUGAACUUCCAAUCGAGCAACGAAACCAUCAUGAGGCAUCCUAUGACUAACAUCCGUUUGACGGGACUGGUACCCAGAAAAACUAAAGUUUUCAGGGUGAAAUUCCCAUGCACUGGGAGGGUUACAGGGGAGGCCAUGCUAACUAUCAACAUCAGCUUUGCUGCGGUGGCCGGAAGCAAGAUAUGGGGUCCACUGAGCCUCACUCUGAGGCGCCACUGCGUGGCUGACAAGCAAGACCGAAUUAACCGAGGGCGGAAUUCCUCAGAACAAGGAGGCUCAACACUUCCUCCUCCACAGAUUUGUAAUAAAAGGUGCAACAAGAGACAUGUCAUGAGAAGGUUUUGUUUGAGUGAUUUUGUGAUCAAAGCCCGAAUGGAAUCUGAGAUAUCAAAAAAUGGCUUGCCUCGUCUACGAGUCCGCAUAAUGCGCUUGUACAAACAAGGAAGAGUCAAGAUCAACAGCAAACAUCAGUUGUUGGACAAAAGAGGACAGGAAAUAACCUGCAGCUGCAAUAGUCUAAAGGUCAACAAGGUGUACUUGCUCCUGGGGAAGGAAGACAAGCGGAGACGCCUGCUAUACUUGGACAAUUUUUCGACCGCACUUGAGUGGAGUAAAAAUGGUAAACAGUACGUGAGAGCGAAUAGGAAGAAUAAUUCUUGUCCUCAGAGAAGGACACCUUGAAAAAAACAAUAGGGAGUUUAAGAUGUCACUACGGCGACGUGUGGUAAAACGUUUCCGAAAAAACAUAGCUUAUUUUCCUCUAAGAUAUUUGUUACUAGCUCGAUGCGCUAACCGUUUCUGACGGUGCGACAUCUUCACUUCGGCAAAACAUGUGAAUGAAGUGCUGAGUUCAAAGUAAAAGCGUCACUAAAUUGCUCCCGAGGUUUCCUCGCUAACAGGACGUAAAAGUUGGUGAUUCACGUUUUUGUUCUGUAUGGGAGGCUAUGAAUGUACAAAGGUUUAAAACGCACGUGUUUCACUAUUGUUUUGCUUCUUAUAUCUUUCGUUUCGUUAAGUUCUCUUUGCCGUCGCCGUCGUAGUUUUCUUAAAGUUCCUAAUAACAAGGCAACAGUACCCUGAGAUUUGAAGUAGUAAGAUAUUAAUUCUAAAUGUAGAUUUGUAAUAAUUUGCUGAGAUCUAUUUUAAGCAGAAUACUUGCCAUAAAACCUGCUCCAUAAUUUUGUUGCUAGUGGUUACGUUUAAAGCACACUUCAUGUAGAGGGCUUUCAUAUAAACCACGCUUGUGAACGUUAAAGUUACCUUAGCACUAUCUUUUCAAGUAGAUAGAAAGUACUUCGUGACAGCGGUAGAAGCCGAGCCUAUUUAAAUUAUGACAAGAAACUUUUGCAUUUUAACAAGUAAAGCUAAAUUUGAGAAUAAAGCACAUUUGAAAAGCGCACAAAGGUUUCGACAUCGUCGUGAUCUCAUUAAGGGGUAAAAUCCGCUAAAAUGGCUGGUUGGUUUAAGCAAGUAGAUUAUCACUUUAAAAUAGUUUCGAAGUUCUUCAUCAAUUAAAAAUGUUUCUUCCUUUGAAAAUGGAACUAUGCUAAUAGAGAACUGUUCUCCAAGCGAAGAUUAUGGUUGGCCAGUCGAUAGCGAGACCUUUCAAUUAAAAAAUUCUGGAUAGAAAUCAUUAUGUAUAGAGUCAACCGUGGUAGAACUCAGAAGCGUUCACGCGUCCAGACCUCUAUUAAUAGGCGUUUCCAAAACUGUCAAAAUAAACCAGGGUACCAAUAACAGGCGCGACAAAGGACAUGUUCUUUCGUUUCUAUUUCGACCCAACCCUGUCUGCUACCUGUUACAAGCGCCUUUUUAGGUAGACAGAAGCCUCUUUAGGCUUUUCCGUGUACAAAUCACUCGUGCGUAAUUUAAGAACUUAAUGAAUAAUUUUGGCACAUGUGAGUUUGAAAAAAUAGCUGCAUGUGAACUAUUUCCACCUACCUGGCUUUA